UGAUAAGGUAUACACCUAAAUGUAUAUAAAGUGAAUGCGACCUCUUAUUUCAUUGUGAAAAAUUAUAAUAACUCAAACAUGGAAACAGUACUUUUAUUCUUAAGCUUUUUAGUCGUACUUUUAGAGGCAAAUGUUAUUUUUAACAAAGAUGAUUUAACUCGUUGUCCUCCAAUUCUUCCUCGGAAUUCAAACUUGUUUGCCUACAUAGACACGUGUUUUGAAAUCGUUCACGACGAACAUUCCUGGAACGAUGCAAGAGGACACUGUCAACAACAUGGCGGCGACUUGGUAGUCAUAAAAGACCUAACAAAGCAACAGUUUGUAAUGAAUGCUUUGAAAUAUCUUCGUUGGGACAAAAAAGGUGUCUGGAUCGGCGGAACGGACGCAGACAAGGAAGGCGAGUGGAAAUGGGUCACAGGAGAAAAGAUGACCUGGGGUUACUGGCAACAUGGUCAAGGAGUGACUCAAACUGGAUUCCUGUUUGCAAAGGGAACUUUUGAAGACUGUGCUCAGAUCCGUGUUAAUGACGGUUAUAAAUGGCAUGAUUUCCCAUGCAGUGGUGGACCUGCUUAUCAUUAUUCCAGUAUUUGUGAAUAUAAAAUGCCUAAAAUGUUGACAUCUUCUACAACCGGAACGAACGUUGAAACACCGGUGCCAACAACUAUGGCUAAGACACAAACAUCAACUGCGACUACGUUAGCAAAGAUUGAAACACCAGCACCGACAGUUUUGCCAAACGUUGAAACACCAGCGCCGACAGUUUUGCCAAACGUUGAAACACCAGCGCCGACAGUUUUGCCAAAUGUUGAAACCCCGGCCCCUACUUUAACAAAUGUCGAAACACCCGCGCCUUAUAAACCCACAUCAGCAUUUACAACCCGGAUUAUAACGAAUCCUCCUGGAGCUGGUGUAGUAAAUAAGGAAACAGUUAUUAUUGGCUGAGGAAAAGGAUAUGAGUUUUGUGAUUUAAAAUGCAAUUACUGUUUGAAUUAUCUGCGCAUAAUAUAUAUAAUGUGAAUCAUAGUUACGCCUGUACUAUAUGGGUAUUUUAUACUUUGUUAUUAUUUGUAAAUAAAAGUUUGUUUUGUA